CACACCUCAGGACAACACCAGGUUUCUCUGAAAUAAGGUAUCUGGAAGACGGAGUUGUUCAUCGGUAUUUUAGCCGCUGUGUCUUUCGUUAGAGUCAACUAUCCACACGACCUUCCACCGUAAACUCCGGGUUCGGCCUUCAGACAAACCAUUUUCACAGACAAGAUGUCUCCUAACCAUCAGAGCAGUAGCUCACCCUCCUGCAGCACCGGCUCGCUCUCAGACACCAGCGCAUCCGGCAGGAGAACCCUAUCGAGGCAGAUCCGCUACAAGGGCCUUUUCACACCACAAGUAGCCCCCACCACCCGCGCCUACUGCCUCUUACUGAGCUUCUUGCUGGGUACUCUCUUGCUGACGGCCGGAUCUGUCUUCUACCAUGUCAUCCUCAGCAGACCUAUGAGUGGCUCCCACCUCAUGCACACCCCUCCGCUACCCCUCGCUCUCGUCCUUAUAACAGCUGGUGUGGUCAUUCUCCUCUCCUGCGCCUUCGUCGCCUGGAAAUACGGAUUCGACGACGGCGACGAGACGCUGGAGGAGGACAUGUACUCCUUUGCCAAGGACGACGUCUUGGACCAGCAAUACAGGAGCACCCUUGAAAACCCCAAGGAUCCUCCAGUAUGAAGCCCCGGCAAUCAUCCUCUGCCCUCCGUCUGAAAGCCUCCUAGAGCUGAACCUUCAAUGUCAAAGCCUCAUCUCAAAAUCUCAUCUCACCUUCCAAUCGUCUUUUCUACAACCAAAGGCUCAUCUAAUCUAAGUCUAAACUAAGCUAAUUCCUUAUUUAUUUUCUAGUGUUUGUAUUACGUGAGGUUUACAGUUUUUUUAAUAAGUUAUCCUGUGUCCGCUUUGUAACAACUUCCAUUCCACGGAGAGGCUGUGUCAAGUUUAUGUGGAAAUCUUGCUUCUUCAAGAUAAGCUACGAACGAAUAAAAAGUCAUAAUACCAUAGCUGGAACAGUUCACCCCAAACCCAUGCUUAGGAGAGGGACCUUAUGUCGACAUUUCGGUCCGUCCUGGUCCAGUUGUGGCCUGACAACGGUCCAUGACUGACUGAAACAUCGUAAUAAUGUUCCUCUCCUAAGUGAGCUUUUUUAUUGGUGAAAAGCUACGAACGGAUGGUCAGCAACUCUGUUUGGAAAUGGUGGCCAAACAACUACUUACUCUCUGUAGUGUUAUGUUGAAUUUUCUCACAAAGCAUCCACGACUGAGUAUUCAACGUAGCAACUACUAUUUCCUCAGCUGCUACCACCAUCCGUAGGCACCACAACCACCACUCAUGGGAACGGUGCUCCUAUCCCUGCCACACCAAUGAAAAUGUUGCUUCGUCAUCACGUUUGGUACCCCAUUUCAAAAUCUUAUUCUUAAAAAGCCCUUCCAUCGCGCCACUAUGUUAGUCACUAUCAGAACCACAGUCAUCAAAUGACGUACCGGUACCAGAGGUGCCAUUCCCUCCCCAAUCAGUAUUGUUACCACCAAUAAUGACAUUACUACAACCACUUGACACAGUACUACAACCCCUAAAGUCACUACCACCACCACCACCAUUACUAUGAAUCCCUGUGCCCGUCAGUACCAAGACCUGGCAUCAACACCGCCAGUAACACCAGCACUGUCGAUACCACGACGACGACCACCAUAUGAAUUUCCAAGAAUUACUUCCGAGUCUCUCCUGUCAGAGCAUCUACCACGCACGCCUCCGUGAGCAGCAGUCUCGAGAGGAUGCUUGCACUUUGCCUGGGCGCACUGAGAAUGUAAAUCCUCGUUCAAUCGAUAUCCCACAGGGCGGUUCGAUGAAAAACUUUUGAGGUUGGUAAGAAUCUUUGAACACGCAAACCAAAGGUACUUUCCGGAUUCGCAGGUUCGGAACUUUGUGGGUUCUUCAGAACCUUCUGGUUCCAAGACGCGUUCCUGCCUUGCCUGUUGUCAGUGGCGGACAAACCAAUAUCAAAUUCACUGUCAAAACAUAUGCAAUGGUGUAAAAGUGUAUAAUUUAAGGUAACUCAAAUGUUUGUGUAUAAAAAUAUGUUUAACGCAUUUAUUUAUGGUUUUCACUAUUAUAUGUCAAGAAGGUGAAUAGAAAUACAAAACUCAUUAUGAAUUUAAGCUAGCACUCACAGAGCAGCGGGAGCAGUUUCAGUCUCUUAAAUGGUGUAACCUGUUGUUAGUAGUAGCAUAGUCACUUCAGUGUCCAGGGCUGUUAUUAGCAGGAGGUUGUCGUGAUUACAGUCUCCAUGUCUGUUGUUAGAUAGGAACUCCUCGUGGCUACACAGGCCAAAUCCAUUGUCAGGAAGAAGCUUAGCUUGAUUACAGUGCCAUGACUGUUGUCAUAUGGGAACUUUAGAGUGACUAGUGUUCAUGGCAAAUGUCAGCCAGGACUAGCAGUCUCUCUCUUGAUAUCAUAUCCCUUUCGGUGACCAAUACACACUGAGGUUUCACAAUAAUGAAAAGAUAACAAGGUAAAGGAAAAAAUGGUGGAUAGGCGAACACCUUACCAUACAGACUAAGUUGUCCACUUAACCAGCUAGAAAACAAAAUUGACAGUAAUGUGAAA